UAUACUUCAUACACUCCAUAUCAACCGGAGAUCUCACAGGGCCGUCUGGAGGGUCUUUUUAACUUCCAGACACUAGUCUCUGAUCUCACUGGUUUGGAGAUAGCGAAUAGUUCUCUCUUGGAUGAGGCGACUGCAGCGGCGGAAGCCAUGUGUUUGGCCGUCAGGUGA